GAGAGAGAGAGAGAGAUGGAGUUUGUGAAAGGGAGCAUAGAAGGAGAGAAGGAGUUCAAUGGAAAAGUGUUUCCUUUAACUCUGGUUCCUCCUCAAAGGAAUGAUAUAAAAAACAGUUGGAAAGAUUUGGUGGAGAUGGUGAAGAAGGGGAAGGAGAAGCUUUCAGAGUGUUUGAGUGAUCAUGGUGCCAUACUUUUCAGAGGAUUCAAGGUGGAGAGUGGUGAAGAGUUUGAGAAGGUGGUAGAGUCCUUUGGAUGGGAUGAGUUCCCUUAUGAAGGUGCUGCUGAUAGGAACAAAGUGGCUUCUAGAAUCUACACUGCUAAUGAAGCCCCUCUUCAUGUUUUCAUUAACUUUCACCAUGAGAUGGCUUUGAUAAGGAAGUUUGCACCGAAAAUUUUCUUCUAUUGUUUGGAACCGGCGCCGGAAGGUGGGGAGACGGCAAUAGUGAGGAGUGAUGUGAUAGUGGAGGAGAUGGAAAAGAAGGUGCCGGAGGUGGUGGAGAAGCUCACCGGAGAGGGAUUCAAGUUUGUUCUUCAUACAAAGGUUCCUUAUAAGCAUGGCAAUCAUGAUGGCUUAGAUGAUACUAAUACUACAGUGUGGCAACGCAUGCUUAAAACCAAGGACAAGCUUGAAGCUCAAAAGAGGGCGUUGGAGACACUUGCAUGCAAUGCAGUGAAGUUCAAUGAGGAUGGAACGGCAGAGUUCACUUACGGUCCAAUGAACCCAAUCAAAGAGUUCAACGGGAAAAGGGUCUGGUUCAACACCAUACUUGGUUACCAAACCUCUGAACGUGAUGGCCGUGUUAGUUUCACCGAUGGGACCUCGAUACCGACCGCCGCCACCGACACAUACUCCGCCGUGCUCGAGGCCAAUUGUGUCGACAUCAAGUGGUUGAAGGGAGACGUGCUCUUGGUCGACAACCUUGCCGUGCAGCAUGCCCGCCGUGUCGGCAAGCCACCCCGUUCCAUUCACGUCUCCCUCUGCAUCUAAUGUCUUCACCACCACAAUAUAUAUAUAAUUGUGGUCUAUCAAUCUAUCUAUUUAUCUAUUUAUCUAUCUAUUUGUUUGGCGCGCAUGUUUCUUUUUUCAUCAACUAGUCUCCUUGCCACCCUUUAUAAAUAUUUAUUAAUUAUUAAUAUUAUUGUGAUUGGAUGAUU